CAGCACUGGCCGCGCAGAAUGAUGACGUCACCAUGAGCUCUUGACGACAACAAAUAUGGAGGAGUAUAUUCGUGAACCUUGUCCCUGGAGGAUAGUCGAUGACUGUGGAGGUGCUUUCACCAUGGGUGCUAUUGGAGGAGGUGUGUUCCAGACAAUUAAGGGCUUUCGAAAUGCCCCUGCAGGUGUCAGACACAGACUGAGAGGUAGCGCAAACGCAGUGAGAAUAAGAGCUCCACAGAUUGGAGUACAGGCAGCUUUGCUGUAUGGGGUGGGCUCUUCUCCACUAUUGACUGUGGCCUAGUUCGCCUCAGAGGGAAAG